GCGGAGUUUCCUCCGAAGGCAAUCCUUUUGAAGCGAGGCAGCAGUAGGAACUAGAAGGUGGGGGUAGCACCAAGGAGACAUUUUCCAGUCCUGAACUGACGACGGUCCACUGAAAACAACUUCAGUUUUUACAAUAGCAGCCACUUUUCUCAUUGUUUGGAGGCCGACGCCCAUCUCACAACCCAAAAGCCAUGGCAGAUGAAGCGGACAUGCGCAAUGAGCUGGAAAACCUGCAGACAAAGGCGGACCAGAUAGCUGAUGAGGGUGAACGUGUGGCGUCUGAGUCGCUGGAGAGCACUCGGCGUAUGCUGGCCAUGGUUGAGGAGAGUAAAGAUGCUGGUAUCAGGACUCUGGUUAUGCUGGAUGAGCAGGGAGAACAACUGGAUCGGUUUGAAGAUGGCAUGAACAAGGUCAACCAAGACUUGAAGGAGGCCGAGAAAGAUAUGAAGGGUUUAGGGCAAUGCUGUGUCCAAUUAUGUCCAUGUGUUGCCAAGAUAAAGGGUGGGGGCCAGGCGUGGGGGGCCAACCAGGAUGGAGUAGUGAACAGUCAGCCAGGGGCCCGUGUGGUGGACGAACGUGAACAGAUGGCAAUCAGUGGGGGCUUCAUCCGCAGGGUAACAGACGACGCCCGGGAGAAUGAGAUGGAUGAGAACCUGGAGCAGGUGGGCGGUAUCAUCGGUAACCUGCGUCACAUGGCCCUGGACAUGGGCAACGAGAUCGACACCCAGAACCGGCAGAUCGACAGGAUCAUGGACAAGGCUGAUUCCAACAAGACCAGGAUUGAUGAAGCCAACCAGCGCGCCACGAAGAUGUUAGGCUAAGCUGCAGCGACAAGUGCUUUAAACACCCCGUCACCCCCCUCCCUGUCACCCCUGCACCCCUCUCAAGCAUGUCAUGGGGUGGUGCGAACAUGCUUUUAUCAUGGGACUUUUGCUGCGUUCAUAACCAAGCGGGAAGGUGGUAUUUACCACAUACGACUGGAAAGAAAUCCACUUGAAUGCCCCUCCAACUGGUAAUUACUAUUACUAAUUACAAGUGGAAAACACGUCUAUCAUCCCUGAGCUCCCACAUGGUGACCUCGAGGUCACCUACUAAGGAAAUUGCCUCUAUAACAGCAUUUUCGGCAGUUAAAUGUAACAAGAAACAUUAUUUAUAAAAAAACACAUAUUAAUAUGAUUUUUGAACAGUUUGCAAGCAUGAUGGCUUUACUUUUAGUUUAUGGUUGACUCAGCUGGUUGGCAAUUAGCCAAUCAGCAUUUCUCAACGUGGCCAAAGCAUGUGAACCACCUAGCAUUUACAACUUCACAAAUGGUAAUUGCCAGCUUCUCACUUGGUAAUGAAUGUAGCAUUACUCAGUAGGUUUGCACACAUGCACAUAUCAGACUGCCCUUCUCCGAUUCUUCCUAUUGUAAAUGUUGUUCUGUGUCAUCGGUCUUUGGCUUUUAUUAAAUUGAGUCCUGGUUAAUCGUCUCGUCCUCUACCCUCCAUUCUCUACCCUCCAUUCUCUCUCCUCCUAAAGGUGUUCCUCUACCCUCCAUUCUCUCUCCUCCUAAAGGUGUCCCUCUACCCUCCACUCUCUCUCCUCCUAAAGGUGUUCCUCUA